AUGUCAGAAAUCGUCCCUCUCGUCAGGAACCUGAGGGAAGUGGGAAGGUUGAGGCGCGCGUCGGAUCCCGGAGCGCGCCCUGCCUGGGCUACAGCGCUGCUGGCCAGCGUGCUCAUCUUCAUCACUGUAGUCGAUCUGAUAGGAAAUUUUUUAGUCAUCAUUUCUGUAUUCCGGAAUCGCAAACUGAGAAACGUGGGUAACAUGUUCGUGGUUAGCCUGGCCCUUGCUGACUUGGUGGUGGCUUUUUACCCAUACCCACUGGUCCUCUAUGCACUGUUUCAUGAUGGAUGGUCACUGGGGAACACUCAGUGCCAAGUGAGCGGCUUCCUAAUGGGCCUGAGUGUAAUCGGCUCAGUGUUCAACAUCACAGGCAUUGCUAUCAACCGCUACUGCUACAUUUGCCACAGCUUUUCCUAUGGGCGCUUCUACAGCCUCCGUAAUACAUUGCUACUUGUGGCACUCAUCUGGAUGUUGACUGUGCUGGCCAUCCUUCCCAAUAUCUUUGUAGGCUCUCUGAGCUAUGACCCCAGGGUCUACUCAUGCACAUUUACACAAACAACCAGCAGCUCAUACACCGUGGCAGUGGUGGUCAUACACUUCCUGGUACCCAUGGCAGUGGUGACUUUCUGCUACCUCCGUAUCUGGGUGCUAGUCAUCAAGGUCCGGCAUAAAGUAAAGAAAAAAGAGCAUAGCCAAGUGCGGCCCAGCGACCUACGCAAUUUCGUCACUAUGUUUGUGGUGUUUGUGUUGUUUGCCAUCUGCUGGGCACCAUUGAACCUUAUUGGCCUUGUAGUGGCAAUUGACCCAGAAGUAAUGGCCCCUCGCAUCCCUGAGUGGCUCUUUGUGAUUAGCUACUUCAUGGCCUACUUUAACAGCUGCCUCAAUGCCAUUAUUUAUGGCCUGCUUAACCGGAAUUUUCGUAAGGAGUACAAGCGUAUUGUAAGAUCUGUGUGGAUGCCAAAGCGGUUUGUAUCAGAGACUACAAGGGUUUUCACAGAUGGCAUACGAAGCAAACCCUCUCCAGCCAUCAACAAUGAGUGA